UCACAUUUCAACUUUAUCAUCACACUAAACACCAAAAUCCCCGACACAUUUAUACAAACAAAUUUCCAAUUUUUUUCUUCUCACUCUCUCUCUCUAUCCUGUAGAUUCUCUUCAAAGCUCAGGCCUUUAGUCUCUUUAGGGUUCUUUUGGGAGUCUUUAUGAGCUCUUGAAAUGUUAUUUGGGUUCAUCAUUUGAGUCUGGUGUACUCGGAUCUUUAAGAUGAACGGAGGAAGAUGAGUCUCUCACGGUCUUUCAGUAACAAAGUCGUGAUAAAAAUAGCAUGGUUUAAUUUCUCACUACUUGUUUCUGAAUUCUUGGAAUGAUAUCGGUAUGAGGAGCUGUCCACUGUUGUAAACUGUAAGUUAUCACCAUGGGAUCGUUCGUUGGUGCGUGUGAAAUUGUUGAGGAGAAGGAUGUGGUCAGGUUGGCUAAACAUUCUGGCAGAUAUUGUAUGCCACCUUUGGGAUCAAGUAGAGAUAUAGAGCAGCGUCCUGCAUUGAAGUCAGAGUACCAAGGUUCUGUGGAGUAUGACAUUGAUCAGCUUUUCCAGUCUAUAUCUAUAAAACCAUCACCUCGAAGAGUGAUGGGAUCUUCUUUCCAUCGUUUUGAGACUAGCGCAAGUGCUGGUACGAGCAGGAGAACAAGUGCUAGCACGAGCAGGAGCACAAGCCCUUCAAAGAAAGGUGCUAUGAAAAAUCCCUUUCCCAUGGGAACACCUCGAUCACCAAGAGUUGGCCCCUCUGAUUCAAUAUCACUGAAGCAGGCUCUGAGAGAUCUUUGCAUCUCAAAGGCAUCAGAAAUGGCUGCUCAAAAACGUUUAUCAAAAUCUGCAGCUGCAUCUCCGAGGGUUUCUGAAGCAGACAGGAUAAAGAGUCUUUAUAGACAAGUUUUGAAUGAAUCUGCUGGCAGGUCUGGGCUUCCUGUGGACAAGGGUAAAAGCUUGGUUGAAAUAUCUUUGACGCCGGUAGUUGAUAUACCCAGCUCCUCCCAGAGUAUACCUCAGCAGUUUGAUGUCCUUGAGACGGAGCCUUCUAACUCCAUUUCUGAACCAUCUCAAGCUAAAAUCCUUCUCCCUAUAAAUGGAAACAGAUCAGGAUUAAAGAUAGUGAGAUGUCAAAUGUUGGAAACUUCGUUACUGCAUAAGUCCAACAAAUCUGGAUCUUCUCUCAGUUCUAGUAGUGGAGAUUAUGAGCUACAGCUAGAUGAAGAUACGACAUAUAUUCCUCAUGUUGUCAUUGAAGAUAGUUUGGUAGAAAUAGACAAACAUGUUACCUCACUACCUUUGUGUUCUGGCAGCAAAGUUGAUUCUGAAGAGCUAGACAAGAGCAUCGUUUCAUCAGCUACACUGAAAAGUGAGCCAACAAUUCUGAUCUCAGAGCUAAAAGGAAAGUUGGAUAAUGCACCUAGUUCAGGAACCGAGAACGGAAAAUUGGUUAGCAAGGUAACAAAAUAUAUCCCUCGUCCUAAAUUGCGGCCGAAAAGGAAGAUUUUGCUUAAAAGGAAGUUAAAAAUCGCUAUAGCAUCUACUACAAAAAUGGUCGAGAAAGUUGAUACUUCCUUAGAGCCUAGUGCAAGUGAACUUCUGUGCCAGAAAUGUCACUGUGCGUUAAAGAGCAGCAGCACUGAAAACCAUCCGCCCACAAAUACUAAUGGAACUGAGAAAUGCUCAAAUGAUUUGAGCUCUUCCUCAAAAAUUAUCAGUAUAGAAGCAGAUCAAGAAUCACUCGCAAGCCCGCCUCUUAACCGCAUUUUGAAGUGUAAUAAAGAGCCGAAGAAAGAUUCCUCCAAUUCUUGUGAGGUUAGUGAUAGCGAUGAAGCUGUUGUUGUCUUGAAACAAGAAGUGUCUUCAAGCAGUUACAGUGGAAAAGGUGAUGCAGAUGAACAGAUAAGAGAGCAUCCAACUUCCAGUGAGAAGUUUGAAUUCUCGUUGAGCUCAAAGAAUAGCCUAGGCGAUUAUAGCAGCAGCACAAGCAUAAGUGAGGAGAGCCAUCUGAGCAGGUUUAGCUGUGGCAAUAAACCUCACAUGUCUAUGGAUGUGAGAUGGGAAGCAAUUAAGCAUGUGAAGUUGCAGCAUGGCUCUUUAGGACUCCGACAUUUCAACCUUUUGAAAAAGCUUGGAUGUGGAGAUAUCGGAACAGUCUAUCUUGCUGAGCUGGUUGGUACAAACUGCCUGUUUGCUAUAAAGGUCAUGGACAUCGAGUUCUUGGCCCGAAGGAAAAAGACACCAAGGGCACAGGCAGAACGGGCAAUCCUUAAAAUGUUGGACCAUCCUUUUCUGCCUACCUUGUAUGCGCAAUUUACUUCAGAUAAUUUAUCGUGUUUGGUAAUGGAGUAUUGUCCUGGUGGUGAUCUUCAUGUCCUGAGGCAGAAACAGCUCAGCAGGUGUUUUUCCGAACCUGCAGCUAGGUUCUAUGUAGCAGAAAUCCUCCUUGCUCUGGAGUACUUACACAUGCUUGGUGUUAUAUACCGAGAUUUGAAACCAGAGAACAUUCUCGUCCGAGAAGAUGGUCACAUCAUGCUUACAGAUUUUGACCUCUCACUCAGAUGUGCAGUGAACCCGACUCUUCUCAGAUCAACUUCUCCACCUGAGAAAGAUCCUGCAAGGAUGUCGGGUCCAUACAACCCAUCCAAUUGCAUACAACCUCUAUGUAUUGAACCAUCGUGUCGGGUCCCAUGUUUCAGCCCUAGGCUCUUAUCAACCCAAGCUAGAAACCCAAAACCAAAAAGAACGAAAAGGCCAGAUCUUCUGACCCAGCAGUUCAGGUCAUUGCCUCAGCUUGUGGCUGAACCAACCGAAGCAAGAUCAAAUUCGUUUGUGGGAACACACGAGUAUUUGGCCCCGGAGAUCAUCAAAGGAGAAGGACAUGGUGCUGCAGUAGACUGGUGGACAUUCGGGGUCCUUCUCUAUGAGCUUUUAUAUGGAAAGACGCCUUUCAAAGGUUACGACAAUGAGGAGACACUGUCUAAUGUUGUAUACCAGAACCUCAAGUUCCCUGACAGCCCGCUCGUGAGCUUCCAGGCAAAGGAGUUGAUCAGAAGGCUGCUUGUGAAAGAUCCAGAGGGUCGUCUCGGGUCAGAGAAAGGAGCUGCAGAGAUCAAAAGACACCCUUUCUUUAUAGGAUUGAAUUGGGCUCUCAUCCGAUGCGCCAUACCGCCUGAGCUACCAGAUAUCUAUGAGAAUGGUGCAGGAGAAGCAGCUUCUUCUGAAGGAAAUAAUAGGUAUCUUGAAUGUAAAGCCAUCGGAGAUCAUCUCGAGUUCGAGUUGUUUUAGAAGGUAGGAAAGUCAUUAAGGUCUAAGCAGACAGGAAAAUUUUCUCGUUAAGCUAUUAUCUAUUUCUAAGUCUCAUAGGUAAAGUUCUACCUCUCUUCUUUCUUAUUGGCUUACUAUAAUCAAGAAUCUGAAUUGAAAUCGUAAACAGUAAGAGAUAAAUUGGAAACAAUGUAUGAAACAGACAAAUUCGAAUCACACCAAA